AUGGCGGCCUUCAUGGUUGGAGUAAAUAUGGCUUGUGAAUUAGGUGUUGAUAAGAUCUGGAUUGAAAGCGACUCAGCAGCCUUAGUAACUACAGUCCUCUCUCGCAAGGUUCCCUGGUAUUUCCUACAGCGUUGGUGGUCGGCUAUGGCAUUCUUGGAUUCUAUCCAAUGGAGAAUCACCCACUGCUAUAGGGAAGCAAACGCAGCAGCAGAUGCCCUAGCAAACAAUGCGGCUAAGCAAAAGAGCUUGGGCUUUUGGGAUAAUCCACCGCCUUUCAUUGCUGCAGCAGUCUCUAAUGAUGCGCACGGCAGGCCAUACUGCAGAUUUCCCUAA